AUGGCCCAUUUGUCAGCGACUCCACGUCGCUUCGGCGGCAAUGUUCCUCAGAUUCAGACCAAUAAGUAAGUUGUCUUAACGUUGUUUGUUUCAAAAGUGUAGGCACUGAAGAGGGAUGUUCAUGACUGUUGUUCAUGUUGUUAUUUAUGAUGUCUUUUCGCGAACCCCCUAAGGGCGUACGCGUCUAAAAGGCAUAUAAAAAUGAAGAAGGCGCGUGAAACGUCACAUUUGGGCCAAAACCGUUUUUUAAUUAUAAAUUAGCGGUGUUAGAACGACAUGAACCCAGUAGGCUUAAGAAGACCGGAAAAGGUUUUAAAAUCUACAUGAGACGGGUAAACAAUGUUUUCGUAUUUAUUUAUCAGAGCCCAGCUUAUAUUUGAUCUUCUGACCGAGAAGUGAAAUGUCAAGGACCGCGAAAUGGAUUGGAUCUGUCCCCAGGGAAUGGACCAGUCUUAAAAAAAAGAAAGUUUUAAAGUUAUUUGCAUUUACCAUUUCCGGCGGCGGUCUCUGAUAGUCUUAUCAGAGCCCGAGUUAUGAGGGGAAUUCUGAGGAACCGGCUUUUACCAACUAGAAUAUACUUCAAAAGUUUUCAGUGCAUAAAUUUGUGACGAAUUUGUUUUUUUUUUGUGAACUUUGAAACAUUAUGACUAAAUGAGUGCCUUUGUUAAAAUAGUAUCAAAAUAACAGGUUUCAAAGUAGCCACAUUAAUUUACAUUUACUUGUUACCUAAAUUUGAACUAUGUUUGGACAGCCUAUGUCUCUUGUGCAGGAAAAGUACAAUGACUACUUAAUUAUAGAGCCUGGUUUACGUAGUAAGUUGACGUAAGACAGGUUCGAGUACUUUUCAAAGAUUAUUACACUUUGAACUUUAAAUUUGAUGUUAUUAUACGAAAUGUCAUCAUAUAAAAUACCAUUAUAUGUAACGUCUUUAAUUCAAUUUAUUGUCAUAGGAAUCAGACAAAGGACUUUAAAGUUAUAUACAAUUUUAAGUAAUUCUAUUGUCUUUUUGUUGUGUUAAUACCACUACAAUUGACUAUGACACUUUGGUUUUAAUACAUUAUAUGUUAAUGUUAUUAAGUUAAUACUUACUAUUGAAGACUUAUUACAAAAUUUCAAUUUAGUUAUAUAUUAAUACUAGGGUAAUCAUAUUAAGCCGGUAUAAUUAAUCACGCUUUAUAUAAACCUUAAGUAGUUUUCGUUUCUGGCCAAAACAAUAUAUUAUAAUGGAUUCUUAAAAGCCUAACGAGGUCGCGAACACAGUAACGCAAUCACUUUACGAGCUUCGUAUAAAACGUUACAAGAUCCGUCUGGCGCAGAUUUAUGAAACAUAUUAUACGAAACAUGUUAUAGUGGAGGCGUCCCAUUAAUUUCGGCGUAACCCCGGGUUUCUUGUGCCCAUUCCCAAUUUCCGUUUUUUCAAUGUUCGAAUUGAAUGGAUCCCGGGGCCGAUGUCUUAAUCAAAUCUUUUUGAGCAAAAGUAUUGGCAAAAGGUUUGGAAGGCAACAUGAAUAAGUGCAAACUUUAAUCCCACGGUCGAAUUUUGAGAUUAGCCUGGGAUUUCGGGGUGGAGAUUGUUUCAAACUUUGCGAUAUUUUGGCAUUUUUUGUGAUUUUUUUGAGCGAUUAUGGGCUCAGUUUUUAUUUGUAGGGUUUUCUAGUUAUUGAAGGCGUUUUAUCUUGCUUUUAUGGUCAAUAUGCUUGUAUUCUUAACAUUACGUGCUUUAUUUUGGUAGCUGCGAGCAGUAAUUUUGUUUUUUCUUGUUAAUCUUGAUAGUUUUUGUUAUAUUUAGGUUUGUUCUGAAGUUAUCGUCGUAUUAAUUGUUUGGAAGAAUUACUGUGUAAAAAUGAUUUAGGUUUAAAAUUGCUGAUAUUAUUGUUGGUUUAUUUUAAAGUUAUUAAUGUUACGAUUUCAGGCAGACAAUAAUGGGUGCGGCUGUCCCGAACGAAGUCGCUAACAUCGCGGUCAAGUACAGCUUCAACUGGACGGAAAACUCAUUUCAGCAGGACAUUACGUCGUUGGCCAGGCUGAUUCGUCAAGAAAUCAACCGCGAAAUGAGGAUGAAGGAAGGCUGUGUUAACAUGGGGGUAUGUUGUCUUUAUUUUAUGGUAAAAAUUGAUCAAUAUUGACUUGGGAUAGUUAGGUUAAAGUUAAAAUCUUUAUAAUGAUUCGUUAGUUUAAAUAUUUCAGGAGAUAUUUUAAUAAGAAUACAAUUUGUUACCUAAAAUAAUGUUCUUUAUUUUCAGAAAGCUGUGAUUGAUAGAAAAACGGUCGAAUACAUUAAAAGUGAUAUCGAACGAAUUACUGGUAAAAUCGACGAUAUGCUACAAGAUUUAAGCGCUUUAUCUGUAUAUACUUGUGGUGAGCUUAGACAUUUUCGUUAAUUGCAUUUUUGUAAAUCUCUUCUUUAAGUUUAUGUUGAAUUGACGUAUUUUACUUGUUAUAUAUUUAUAAUUACCUUACAGUCGAAGAAGACUUAGCAGAGAACAUAGAAGCAGUGGAAGAUAACACACAAGAAAACGAAGACGGAUCUCCAAAUUUGUCAGCACUUUAUUCACGAUUAAAUGCUUUGAAAAAGGAGCUGGACAAAGAGGUAAAGGUGAAGGAGGGCCUGGACAGAAUGAUGGCAGCGCAUGCCUCUAGCAAGAAUGCCUACAACAACGUACAACACAGAUCGAGCGACUUGAUCGAGGAUAACAAGGCUAAAAUCGCAUCGUUGCGGAUGCAAAUCGACAGGUUGAACAUGAUGCUAAAAUCGAGGAAAAGCAGCGAUCCGGGUGAGUAACCUUUUGGUGCUCUUUAGUAUUGUUCAUGAUGGUUUAGUUAUUUGAGAUUCUGGUGAAUAUGUGAAGAUUAAAAUCAAAUUAUGUUAUUUUUAGAAGACAGGACGAUAAAUUCCAUUGAGUUUAUAAUGCAAGACCUACUAUAUCGUUUGUACAAGGAGGUGGCGUUAGUGGAUGGUGCUAAAAACAUGUUGAGGACGUUGAGUGAAAUGAAGAAACCCGAUGUCAGGACUCGAAAAGAUGCCACAGAUACGUUAGAUCGAGCUCAAGAGAAGAUAUCUUUGAUCAAAUUGGCUUUGGAGAAAUAUACGUACGUUCAUAUUAAUUAUAGUUUAAAUUCGACGUAUUUUACAUUUCUUUACUCUGAUAUUGAAACUGUUUCUUUGCGGUUUUAAAUUUUUCUAAUAUCUUUAAAAGUCUUUAAUGCUUUGUAUUUUAGUUGUCGCUUACCACAAGACUCACCAAAAAGAACGUCAGUAUGUCGUGACAUUGAUGACAUUCAAAGACCAACAAGUUUUCCUCCGCUCAGCAUUUCAGAGCGAUUUUCUCCGCCUUCAGGCUCACAGCAUCUGAGAACGAUGAGCGACGAUUCAUCUCCAAUUUCGCAAAAGAGUAUCUUAAGUUCGGCCAGUCAAUCGACCAUUAGUUUUGGUCGCAAAUGCCCAGCUGGACCACCUCUGUUGGCUGUUAGCGGAAAACUGGAAAUUAAGUAGGUUUUUUAAUAAUUCUGAUAUAUUUAUUAGCUAAUAUGUUGAAUACCAUUUAAAAAAGCUUUUCAUUUUAUGGUUCAAUGCUAUACUUUGUUUUUACAUGUUAUUAUGAUUAUAUCUUUUAGGCUUAUCGGUUGUAAGGGCUUGUUGUUGGAUGGAAGUGUCAGACCAAAUGCUUUUUCAUCGAGUAACGGUCACAGUGAAAAUGGCAAACGAAAAAUGUCACGACAACAAAGGUAAGCUAUUUUUAAAUGUUAUUUCAGGCGGAUUAGGAGUGUCUUAUUAUAACAAUUAUGCCUUACAUUACACAUCCUUUUCCUUAACAACAGCUUAAUAUCUAUAAAAUAACCAUCAGUCUUGUCUUUUUGAGUAUAUCUUGUUCUACUCCUCUAGUCCGCCUGUUUGCACUGACUGCUUUACCGUUUUUCCUGCCAGCCAUCAACUGCGAACCGGACAAUUCGACGAGGUCUUGGCCGCUCUCCGAUUGGACAACCGAGUUGUCGCAGCGACAGAAGCACGUACAGCACGAGAGACCUGCUGGAAUCAGACGUUUGAUUUGGAGUUGGACAGAACUAAGGAAUUGGAGAUUGAAUUGUACUACAAAGACAGCAGAAGCAUCUGUGCCUUCUUGGUGUUGCGAUUGGGAGAAUUCAUCGAUCCUGGACUUCACAAGAAGGUGUUUGAACUGGAACCUCAAGGACAGCUUAUUUGUGAGGUAAGGUCAUAUAAGUUUAACAAACACGUUAUGUUUUUACAUUAGUUCUACUACGGUGUUUAGUUAUUAUUAAAUUUUGAAAUUAAAAAAAGCUUUGAAGAUUAACAGUGAAAUAUAUUCAUAUAGCAUGAAAGUAUCAAAAAUCAUGUUAAUGUUUCAGCUCCGCUACCUCGAUCCGAUCGAAGGCCGCAAACCAAAGCUAGAACGGCAGAAGCGACUGUUCCACGUGAAAGAGCGACGUGAUAUGUCAAACAUGAAGAAGUUGCUGGGUCCGAAUGCGUGGUUCAGGCUUCUGAAGAGUGGGUCCGGCUCUUCGGGCGUCCGAGAACCGUACGGAUAUUCAGGUGAGGCUUGGUAUGAUAAUCGUGGUCUACUGUGGUUGUUUAAUUGUCAUUUUUUUCGUCUAUAAAUGUUCUGUCUAUACAUGUGGAAAGUGCACAGGGUUGCUUUAAUUUUGUCGCGGAAGUUUUGGGUUUUGAAUAAAUUUUGAGCAUUGAUUUUUGGGAGUAUAGGGCAAGAUGACUAGUUUAAUAUAUACGAACUGGGAUUUGCAUAUAUUAUACUGCUUUCACAACAUGCUGUUUACUUAUGAUCUUGCUUUAAGGUUAACGUAUUUAAGGCUUUAUCUAUCGUAUUUAAUGUUGUAGAAAUUAUACUAAAUGCUUGACAGCGAGUUCACUUUCUAUCAUACUUGACUUAUUAUCUGUUAUACCUUAUUUACUCUCUGUUAUACCUAAAGUUCAAACAACUAGACUUUUUCGUCUCUCUGAAUAUACUGUACCUCCAAAAUGUUACACUUGUGUUUUGAUUAUGUUUUCUCCACUGUUGACUUAAAAUGCAAGUUUAUUUAUAAAAGGAAAUGGGAUAUUUUAUAUCUACUUGACUUUUCCAACGGAAGUAUUUUGAAUUCGGAAACGUUCCGCUGUUCUUCUGAAUUCCAAAUUACGAGAAAUGUUGAGCUGGGGUUUGUCGUAACUUAUUUAUAGGCUAGGACGGGGUUUAGUUUGUUUAUAAGGUAGUGCACGGUUGUUUUUGAGUCAAUUUCCUUUACAUUAGUCUUUAAAAGACUGGUAUUCUGACAAUGUUAAUAACAUAUUAUAUAAACAUAGUACUUACCUAAAAUUGUCGCUCUCUUUUCUAUAAUUAUUUCUGUCUGAUACAGUAGUAUAAGGUUACUAGUGUAAGGUAAAUUACUGUUUUGCAACGUUUUGGUCUACUGAAUAGGUUUUACUUCCUCAUGACACUUGUGAAGUCUUUAACAACAGAACGGAGAAGGAUAAACGAUCUUCUCAAAUGCAAUCCAAGUAAAUAUUUACGGUAGUAAAUGGCAUGUUUUGCAAAAUUUCAACUCGUUUACGUUGUAAAUCUAUAUGGGUUUGAGGAAAUUCACGCUUUAUCUUGUCUCGCUUGACGUAUUGCCCUUUUAUAUCGUUAGAGGGUAUAUUUUUAGAAUUACACCUUUUUUAGGAUUUGUGAUUAUAAAGUUACUAAUAAAACUUGUGACUUUCUUUAUACUACUUUAGUACGUUUAGAAUGCCAUAAAUAAGUUAAUUACAACUUAAACAAGUCUUGAGAAUGCUAAUAAUAGCUAAGACAACGUCCGUCUUUCCAGCCUUCCUUCCAUUUGACGUAGAUAGCUAAUUAGAGGUGGGAUUCCACGCCAAGAAAAAACAAUUCUGUGCACAAAACUUUUCUGAAUAUUGUAAUUGGUGGUUGGUGUUUGCAGUUUCGUCCACAUCGUCGUAUGGUGGGUCGAAGUACGGACAACGGUACGAUCCGGUCGGCGGACAACGCCCGCUGGCCGGCAUGGCUAUGAGUCAGUCCGUGUACGGAUCGCUAGGAGGUUCAAUUAAUGCUUCAAGUCCUCCUUCAGCUUUCACCUCAACUCCACUGCCGCCAACCAAGCCGGGAGCGACAGCACAUUACAAAGGAGUUGGUUUGGAGGAGCUCAAGGUAGGUUAAUAUCAGUUUUUAAGAAAAAAAUGGCGGAAAAACUUGGCAAAUACAUUUUUUUUGAAAUUUUUUAUAAUUUUUUUUUAUUUAAAGGAUAGGUAAAAACGGGUUUAAAAAGCCUUUUUAGGCCUAUUUUACCUUUUGGAAACAAAAUUGUUUCGAAAGAAAACAAAAUCUUGUUUUGCUACGAAGUGUAACCAAAAGUCAAUUGUGACAUUUCGCGAACUUAAAGGUUUUAUAUUUUCUAAAAAUCCUUCUUUCAGGCUUCUCUUCCAACUGCACGUAGACAAUCUAGUCCAAAUGUUCAUCGACUGGUCGAAACCGAAGCUCAACACCCACCACGUAUCUCACAACGACAUGCUUCACUGGUACCCCAAGAGCAGAGAAUCACACAGGACCACUUUAGAAUGAUCUCAGUUUUGGGUAGAGGACACUUUGGAAAAGUAAGAUUUUGGGUUUAUUUUUUGAAUUUUAGGCAAAAUACGGAACCUAACAUGUUUUAUGUUCCUGCAUACUAUUCUAAAGGAUGUAUUGAGAAAGGGAUACUUGUAAACUACUCAAAAGUCGAUAUUAUAGCUUAAAAAUGUUAUUUUAGGUAAUACUAUGCCAACACAAAUUCAAUCAGAAGCAUUAUGCUCUCAAGAUCUUGAAGAAAGGCGAUAUUCUGGCUAGAGAAGAAGUCGAGUCCUUGAUGGUUGAGAAGCGUAUCUUCGAAGUCGCUUCAAGAAACAAACAUCCUUUCUUGGUGAAUCUCUUUGCUUGCUUCCAAACCCCAGAGCACGUCUUUUUUGUUAUGGAAUACUCGAUGGGCGGCGAUCUCAUGAGGCAUAUUCACGACGAAAUAUUCAGUGAAGACCGUGCCUGCUUCUACGCGGCUUGUGUCUUGUUAGGACUUGAAUUCUUACACAAAAACAACAUAAUCUACAGAGAUCUGAAGCUGGACAACCUGUUGCUGGACAAUGAAGGAUACGUGAAGUUGGCAGACUUUGGAUUGUGUAAAGAAGGAAUGGGACCCCUUGAGAAGACGUCUACGUUCUGUGGUACUCCUGAGUUCUUGGCUCCAGAAGUUUUGACAGAAAGCAGUUACACUAGGGCUAUCGACUGGUGGGGUCUUGGUGUAUUGAUCUUUGAAAUGUUGGUGGGCGAGGUAAGAAUUUAUAUGUUUUUGUUGUUAUUUUAGGUAAUUAAUUAUUUUCGUUGACAUUACUUUCAAUGUUUAUUUUAUACUUUGUUUUUUAUGGUAUUUACGGUUAUUGUUUUUAGCCACCAUUCUCUGGAGACGAUGAAGAAGAGAUCUUUGACUCGAUUGUCAGCGACGAUGUACGAUAUCCAAGAAGUUUGUCCGUUGACUCAGUCGCGAUUAUGAGAAGGGUAUGUGUUUUUUCUCAAUGGUUAUAUUGCAAGGUUAUCUAAUAUAUAUUGAGUUAGGUUUUAGUAUAAAUUAAUUUUCUGCAUUAUUAUUAAUUAUUCUUUCAAAGUUUCUAGUAAUUCAUUGUUAAUUUUUAGUUGUUACGUAAAACUCCAGAGAAGCGUAUUGGUUAUGGCGAGUACGAUGCUAAAGACGUCAAACUACAGGCAUGGUUUGCGGUAGGUUUUUUGAUAAUUUUGCAGUUUUUUGUUGUUUAUACUAUUUUUGUUAAUUUAUAUUUCUUGUUUUUAGUCUUUCCACAACAAAUGGGAUGAUUUACUGCGGAAGAAAAUACGACCCAAGUUUGUGCCGACAAUUGUAAGUUUUUUACUGUAUCUUGAUUUUCAAAAAGGGUAGUUUUAAAUGACACUUUUGGUUUUUAUAAUAUUUAUAUUUUUAGCGUAACCCAGAAGACGUCUCUAACUUUGAUGAGGAAUUCACUCGGGAAAACCCUCGUCUCAGUCCAGCACGAGAUCCUCGACCGAUAACUGAAAACGAUCAGCUUCAGUUCCGUGGCUUCGACUUCUCCAACCUUGAUCUGAACUCGAAAAACGGCCAUUAA